CAGAACUUGUCUUUGUCAAUCAGGCGAUGAAAUGGAGAGACGCUCAGAGUUACUGCAGACAGAAUCACACUGAUCUGGUCAGUGUGAGGAACCAGAACGAGAAUCAACAGGUUCAGCAGUUCAUUAGUGACAGAUAUUUAUUAGGAUCAUGGAUCUGGAUCGGUCUGUUCAGAGACUCAUGGCAGUGGUCAGAUCAGAGUGACUCUUCAUUCAGAGACUGGGACACUGGUGAACCUGAUAAUAAUGGAGGAAAUGAAAACUGUGCAGCUGUUAAUGCUCAGAGAAAAUGGUUUGACGUCUCUUGCACCAAUCAAUAUCCUUUUGUGUGUUAUGAAGAUCCUGAACUGAUUGUGAUCAGAGAGAAUGUGACGUGGUCUGAAGCUCUGAGAUACUGCAGACAGAAUCAUGUGGAUCUGGUCUCGGUUCAUUCAGAAGAGAUGCAGCGUCGUGUGAUGAACGUGGUUAAACGUGCGUCUACUGCGGAGGUGUGGUUGGGUUUACGUUACUCUCACAUUUUGGGCAUCUGGUACUGGGUGAGUGGAGAUACCGUGUGCUAUCAGAACUGGGCUCCAGGGAACGGCACAUCAGGGGAGGACUGUGAACACACAGUGAGAUCUGGAGCAGUUCAGUCUGGAGGAGAUCAGCGCUGGAUCAGCCUUCCUGAGACUCACAAACUCAACUUCAUCUGCACAACUUAUGAAGAGUAAAGAACAUGUGAAUGCCUGAAUGUUUAUUUCGAU